AUGUCAGAUGUUUUUACUCAACUAGUGAUCAUUAACUGCUGGUCAGUUUCUGCCAACGAUUCCAACCUCUCCAAACGAAGAAACAAGUUCCAGAGCCCUCUGCAAAUCAGCGCCAUACUCUACGGCAGAGCCUACGGCCUCGUCUCUAAGAAUAUAGCAGAGAAGCUUUUGGGGGCAAGCGAGAAGCACACUUCCGGGCUCCCCUCUGUGGUAGAAAUCUCCUGGGCUCUAUCUGGCUCUGAACAGGACUUGGAGACGAGCCAGGUUCAUGUCAUUCCUGGGUUAGAGCAAGACCUCGUGCUUGGUGAUAACCCCGAGGAACUGUACCAGAGUGUCCACCUCACUCCCCCAGCACAUUCUCAAGGAUCUAUACCAGAAGAGCAAGGGUCAACUACCUCUUCUCUAGAGGAAACUCUGCCCUUCCAAUUCAACACCUGGGAAGACUUCAAGAGCCAAGGCAUAGUCCCCAAGAAUCAACAAUCUCAAGAAACUCUCCAGCAGCUAUUGGCUCGCUGCCGCGCAAGAGCCCAACACCCCCUCCCCCUCCACAAAACCGUAGCUUCAGAGCCAGAACAACGCAAAAGACUAUCGAGAGUUAGCACUGAUUCCAUGUGCGGAUCUUUUGAUGUGUCCUCCAACACGUCUGAUUUAGAUGGGAAAUGGAUCAUGCCGGCCAACGACAGAUUGCACAGAGAGAGGACUUCCUCGCUGCAGCCUUCAGAUACUGAUAGUCUGGCUGACCCCAGUGAAAAUAUUGCCUGGGAGUUGUCAACUGAAGCAUCUCAAGUUCAUUCUCACAGUUUCCAACUCCGUGGCUGGUCUCUGGUGGACACAGCCUCCGCAGAUACCCAUCCGAGUACCCCUGAAUGGGUAGAAGACCAGAUCACUACCCAUGAGUCUCAGAACGAUGAUUUCGCCACGCACCCAGGUCAUCGCUUCUGGGAAUGGGACGUCGAGAGGCAGCUUUGGCGUCGAAAGGGUCAAGACGGGUCGGACGAGAGAGAUUGGUUUGAAGUCCCUCAAUAA